CGAUGCCUUGAGGAAUAUGAACGCAGCCUACAACACAUUUUAGAAGAAAAGAUGCGUACUGAGGUAGCUGCUAAAGAAUCGGUCGCUGAGUUGGUAUCCGAACGAGACCAAGCUCUCGAAGAGAUGGCUACAAUCGAGAAGGCCUUUGGUGACCUUCAUCGACGUUUUGAAAAAUCAAAACAAGUAAUUGAUGGUUUCAAGCAGGUUAGUGCGCUACGCCUCAUUUCACUGUAA